GUCUGUUCCCCCUCGGGCUACAAGAAGGCGGAUGAUGAGAUGUCCGGAGCCACGUCCUCGGCGGAUCUGGACGAGGCACCAGCCCGCACCAUUUACUUGAACCAGCCCCAGCAGAGCAAGUUCCGCGACAACUGGGUCAGCACAGCCAAGUACAGCGUGGUGACAUUUCUACCUCGAUUCCUGUAUGAGCAGAUAAGAAAAGCUGCAAAUGCAUUCUUCCUCUUCAUUGCCUUACUGCAGCAAAUUCCAGAUGUCUCUCCAACAGGAAGAUAUACCACCUUGGUGCCAUUGCUAUUUAUUUUAACAGUUGCUGGCAUCAAAGAAAUCAUAGAAGACUAUAAAAGGCAUAAGGCAGACAGUGCAGUAAAUAAAAAGAAAACAAUAGUUCUAAGAAAUGGGAUGUGGCAGAACAUUAUGUGGAAAGAGGUAGCAGUAGGAGAUAUUGUGAAGGUCACCAAUGGGCAGCAUCUUCCAGCAGACAUGAUAAUAAUAUCGUCCAGUGAACCACAAGCCAUGUGUUAUAUUGAAACAGCUAAUCUUGAUGGGGAGACGAAUCUUAAAAUACGACAGGGAUUGUCUCAAACUGCUAGUCUCCAGUCAAGAGAAGAAUUGAUGAAAGUAUCUGGAAGGAUAGAAUGUGAAGGACCCAACCGUCAUCUUUAUGACUUCACUGGAAACUUGCGCUUAGAUGGUCAAAGCCCAGUUCCUGUUGGUCCAGACCAAAUCUUGCUAAGAGGUGCACAACUGAGAAACACUCAAUGGGUCUUGGGUAUUGUUGUGUAUACAGGACAUGAUACAAAACUCAUGCAGAAUUCAACCAAAGCACCGCUGAAGAGAUCAAAUGUGGAGAAAGUGACCAACAUGCAGAUCCUGGUUUUGUUCUGUAUUCUCCUGGUGAUGGCCCUUGUGAGUUCUGUAGGUGCCUUAUUAUGGAACAGAACACAUGGCGAAGUCGUCUGGUACCUUGGCUCCAACAAAAUGCUGUCUGUCAACUUCGGAUACAAUCUGCUGACAUUUAUAAUCUUGUACAAUAAUCUUAUUCCAAUCAGUCUUCUGGUGACACUGGAAGUUGUCAAGUUUACUCAGGCUCUUUUCAUAAAUUGG